AUGCAGAAAGGUGUUUACGGAAAAGACGCAGAAUGGCUCCAAGACACAGAGAGAGGCGAAAUGGCGAGCUUCGAAGCGGCGCAGCCGAAAGCUGUCGAGACAGGGGGGCACAUGUGCGGGCUUGUAGGUGGGCUUGAGGCGCGAAUGCGAAUGGUUGAGGCUUUGGAGCGUGUGGUGUGGCAUGUGAUUUGCAAAAAGGUGCUUUUUAAGAAUUGCAGUGCAGAAUAUUGGAGCUUGCAUGGGCGUGCUUGCCUACUAGUCCACCGACAGCACCCCAAGGCACUGGCGCCGUUCCCCUUCCCACACUCGAACCGUUUUUUCGAAGCAGUCGAAGGGGCAAGCCGUUUGCAGCCUUUCUCCUUGCAGCAGCUCUCGAUUGAGCCGAGAAUCGGGGAUAGACCCCCCGUGCCUCCGACAAAGGGCUUAGGCUUCGCCUCGACGUACUCCAGCAUGAUGUGCGAGGCAGACUGGUCAGAUCAGACGGGCUGGCUGCCUCCCAAGAUUCUGCCCCUGCGCGAGCUGGCGCUACAUCCGGGGAGCACUGCUCUACACUACGGCAUUUCUUGUUUGGAAGGCCUAAAGGCCAGCAAGAGCAGGGAAGGCAGACUGCUGCUCUUUCGCCCCGAGGAUCACAUCCAGCGAUUCAUCCUCUCCGCAGAAAGACUGGCGCUGCCAACAGUCGAAUCCAAACCCUUCCUCGAACUGCUCAAGCGCUUUGUUCAAAUCGAAGAGGCGUACGUUCCCGCAGAAAGGGGGUGCUCGCUCUAUUUGAGGCCUCUGCUCUUUUCCACAUACACAACUCUGGGUGUAUAUCCAGCACGUGCAGCGAAGCUCAUUGUUCUUGGAUGCCCAAGUGGCGCGUAUUUUGGUGAGAAAGGCGGGAGAGAAAGGGGAAAGGGGGGGGAGCAGGAGCAGCGAUCACAGAUGCUGGGAACCUGGGGUGUCUUUGUAAAAAUUGAUGCAGCACCCUCCAUCAAACUGCAUGUGGAAACUGAAUUUGUGCGUUCUUGGCCUGGAAGCUGUGGAGCCUACAAGGUAGCAAGCAACUACGCUCCCACCCUCAAGCCUUGCAGAGACAAACUGUCUCUAGGGUGUAGUCAGCUUUUGUGGACGUUUCCUGAAGGAGGCGACUUUUUGCUGACGGAGGCAGGCGCGAUGUCUCUGUUUGUGCUGUGGGUGAACGAGAGGGGAGAGGAGGAGCUGGCGACUCCCGCUUUGGGGAGAGAUCUUGUGCUUCCAGGCAUUACAAGGCAGACAGUGUUGGACGUUGCUACUGCUAUACGGCCGCAAAUCAAAGUGGCGGAGCGUGACGUGCGGAUGAAGAAGGAUCUCAUUCCAGCGUUCAAAGAAGGCCGCGUGCGGGAAAUCUUCUGCACAGGCACAGGAGCACUGGUGGUUCCCGUGGAGGGGUUGCAUUUUCAGGGAACCACUAGUAGUAGUAGCACUAGUAGCAGCAGUAGUAGCAGCAGCAGUAGUAGUAGUAGUAGCACUAGUAGCAGUAGUAGUAGCACUAGUAGCAGCACCGUAGACUGUACACCCGGCACCAUUACUGCCGCGUGUGCAACAGAGAGCCACUGCAAACCUGCCUUGCCCGUCACAAGUUCACGGCCAGUGUCUCCAUUCGCAGCAGCUACCCUUGAAAUAAAUUAA